AUGUCUGACAUCAAGGAUGAAAUCGAUUCAAAUGAUGUUAUUGUAAAUGGAAAUGAUAUUUCAAAACUAUUCAUUGAAACAUACGACAUAAACAGAUAUAGAAAUCUUCCAGAGAAAAUUUUGCCCUGUUUACCACAAUUUACUCCAAGGAGAAUUGGAGAAGAACUUAGUAAAUUAUUUGGAACUUUAUCACCAAGUUCUUUAACUUCAGAUGAACAUGGCUACAGCAUGAAGACAACACAGAAAUCACCAGAAGCUGGAUCCUCUCCUCCAGUCAAACAGCUGCUUGAUGAACCAGAGACUGUCACCACCAUAGACACUGGGUAUAGACACCUUUAUCUUGACAAUGUAGCCUGUCUGAGUGAUGAAGAAAUCUGGACAAGUGGAAAUGACAAAACCAUGAAACUCUUCAGCAUCAAUCAAGGAUCACUGCGCAAGUCAAUCACAACAAAAUACAUAACUGAGAACAGGAACCUGGAUAUCUGUGUUUCUGAUAGUGGAGCUAAUGCAGUAGUGGUGGUCAAUCAGGCCGAGAAACUGAGAUUCAGAUACACUGGACAUACUCCUGCUCUAAAGAACCAACCAUUCCGUCCACGAGGAAUCACCACAGACAGUCAGAGUCACAUCCUUACAGCUGAUACUAACAAUGACUGUGUCCACAUCAUAGACCAGAAUGAACAGUUCCUCCGUUACAUAGACUGUGGAUGGUGUAAACCCUGGGGACUGUGUACUGAUACAAAUGACAAUCUGUUUGUUGUUCAAUGUAGUAACAGUCAAGUGAAGAAAAUCAAAUAUCUGAAGUGA